GGGGCGAUGGUUGGCGCGUCAGGGACUUCCUGCUUUUACAAGGCGAAGCGGGACCGCUGCUGGCAGGACUGGUAAAUGACAUCUGUUUCUACCAGCAGUUCCCCAUCCAGGUGCUGCUCAACUGUAUCUUCCUUCAGCCUAAGAAUGAGGAGAGUGACAGGCCCCUCACUUUGACAUCAGGGCUGUACAGGCUCAUCACCAAGCUUCUUCGAUUUGAGUUGUCCGCAUGGGACAGCGAGGGGGUUGGCUUCUGGGAUCAAGCCCUUCGAGAAAAUGACGCCCUCCGCGCUGCUGUUUUGUCUGAAAUGUCCGCGGAGAUCGUCAGCUCCACGGAGGCCCCGAUGACCGAGGCCCUCCUGGAUAUCGAAAAGUUGUUCGGCACGAUUUCCAUCGAAGUUGCCGCCGAGACCGCGGCUUCCCUGGACUGCCCGAGACCGCCCCUUUCCCUGGCCCUGAUAGUUCACAAGGCCACAAGGGUUUUGAAGUCCGACAUCGGGUGCUCCAGGUUUGCUGCGCCGCAAGGAUCUACGUUGCAAGGUUGCGGGCAGAGCUGCCCCCUGGCCCGGGCAUGCCUCCGCAAUAUCUUGCGCGACUUUCACCAUCGUGUCCAGAAGAUGCCGUUCCGCACCUGGGUGGACGACUUGAGAGUGCGCGCGUGGGCCUCCGAGCAAGCAAUUAUAAACCAGCUCCUGAAGGCCAUCCAGUCGCUCGCUCAGGGGCUUCGUCGGGCAGGCUGCGCGCUGUCGAAGAAAAGCGCCAUUAUGGCGCCAAGCCCUACCCUGGCUCAGGAUGUUGCACAG